AUGGGCAGACCCAAACUAAGCAUCGAAGAAAAAAGAGAGCGAGAGAGACUACGCAAAGCUAAACAAAGACUGAAUCCCGAAACAAGACAAAGGGAAAAUCAGAAGAGACGAGAAAGAUACAAUAGUAGAACACCAACACCUGCUCCGUCACUGGUAGAGAAUGGUGAUCCCGGUCCAAGUACAUCGUCUAAUGUAAGAUUGAAUCUAAAUGUAAAGCAUCUGCACUUGCUUAAAAACUUUACGUGUCUUAGGUUCGACAAGGAACUGCAGCUGAAACUCUUAGGAAGAGAAACUACAGGUCGAUUGACAGUUUUAGAGAAAACGAAAAUGAGGCACGUCGAAAACGUUACAGAGACCAGGUACAGCAGAGCAGAUAUCGAUUUGUUUGGUCCUGAUUUCUCUAAAGUUUUUUAA